CCCACACCACACGUCGUCGUCUAGCGUGUCUGUUGGAACGGCCAGCCCACGCCACGCCUACGGUUCGCGCCACUUGCGGGCGCGGAUCACCACCGCCGUCCGCCGGUGAUCCCCUCGUCCGCCGCUGGCGGUUCGGUUCACCCUCGCCGUCCGUCAUCUCUGACUCCGACGGGUCGUGCUCACACGCCCACCCAAGUCUCCCCAACCCUGCACCUGGUCUGCUCCCAGCUCCCAGCUCCCAGCUCACCUCGUGUCGGGUCGGGUCGGUCCGAGCCGGACCGGGCCGGAGCGCGCCACCCAACCCGUUUUGCGGCUGCUCCGGUCCGCUUUUCCCCCUCUUCCUCUGCUAUUCUCCAGUCCCCCCCUCCCCCGUCCCCCACCCACUCCCUCGUCCAGAGUCCAGACCCAGAAGGAGAGGGAGACAGAGGAGAGGAGGAGCAGCGUGGCGACGCCCAAAUCGAGCGACCUGAUCGAGGCCCCUCGCCCCAACUCGCUGAAUCCCAAUCCGAGCCCGCCAAUUGGGCGCCCCGCCCACGCCAAGAUGAAGCGAGCUCGAAGGCGUAUGUGCAAGAGAUGACUGAUGAGGGAUGCUAGUGACAUUGAUGAACUUGUUACGGGCGUGCUGGCGACCGUCAUCGAACCGGCAUGCCCGAACAGGCUCAGAUGUUACCGGUAGGCAGGAUGGACUUCUAUGGUACAAGGACGCCGGGCAGCAUGUCAACGGGGAGUUUUCCAUGGCUGUUGUUCAGGCCAAUAACUUACUUGAGGACCAGUGUCAGAUUGAGUCGGGCCCACUGAGUUUUCUAGAUUCCGGACCAUAUGGCACUUUUGUUGGCGUUUACGAUGGACAUGGUGGUCCAGAGACGGCCUGCUAUAUCAAUGAUCAUCUCUUCCAGAAUCUGAAAAGGUUUGCAUCUGAGCAGAAUACAAUGUCUGCUGAUGUACUGAAGAAGGCGUAUGAAGCUACAGAAGAUGGAUUCUUUUCUGUUGUUACCAAACAAUGGCCUGUAAAGCCUCAGAUAGCAGCUGUCGGCUCAUGCUGCCUGGUCGGUGUAAUUUGUGGUGGCAUGCUUUAUGUUGCCAAUGUUGGGGAUUCCCGUGUUGUUUUAGGAAGACAUGUUAAGGCUACUGGAGAAGUUUUGGCUGUCCAACUGUCAGCAGAGCAUAAUGUAAGUAUUGAGUCAGUGAGAAAAGAACUGCAGUCAAUGCACCCAGAAGAUAGGCACAUUGUUGUUCUCAAGCACAAUGUUUGGCGUGUAAAAGGACUAAUUCAGGUUUGUAGAUCAAUCGGUGAUGCUUAUCUCAAGAAGCAAGAGUUCAAUAGGGAACCCCUAUAUGUGAAAUUUCGGCUUCGUGAACCUUUUCACAAGCCGAUACUAAGUUCAGAACCAUCGAUCAAUGUGCAACCACUACAACCACACGACCAGUUUCUCAUAUUUGCAUCUGAUGGACUUUGGGAGCACUUAACCAACCAAGAAGCUGUUGAUAUUGUUCACAGUAGCCCCCGCAGUGGCUGUGCUAGGAGGCUGAUAAGAGCGGCGCUGCAAGUGGCAGCCAAGAAAAGGGAGAUGAGGUACUCAGACCUCAAGAAGAUCGACCGCGGUGUUCGCCGCCACUUCCACGACGACAUAACAGUCAUAGUAGUGUUCCUUGAUUCCAGCCUCGUGAGCAAGGCGAGCACGCACCGAGGCCCCACUCUUUCCCUGCGAGGCGGCGGUGCCAGCGCUGGUCUGCGCAGCAACACGCUUGCACCAACGUCAAUGUGGCUAUGAGGAGGCUACACCCUGACUGGAGGACGUUUUCUUUCCUCGUGUCGAAUGUGUUAUAUAUGUACUUGUACCGGCCAAGGUCAUCCAUCUCCCCUCAAUGGUGUAAAGAACUAGGAGAGGCGUGGAAGCUCCUCUCCAGCGUCUUUGAAUCCCCUCAAUGGUGUCAAGGUGUGGACUCAAGUCAAUAGCUUCGCUGUUCUGAUGAUGCUCUGUGGAAACUCGAAUCCUUCCACCUGAAAACCAAGUAGUAUGUCUUCUAGUGCUGGAAUUAACCCUAGUGCAUAUAUACAUAUGAAAUAAAAAAAAGCCAAAAGGAGGAGUAACUUAUUUAACUGAUGCUGUGAGGUGUAUGUAUGUUUUGUAUUGUAUGUGUACUGAUUUUGACUGCCACUGCAUAUACUGUUGUUAAUCGACCCCUGGUAAAGUGAAAUCGCUGAUUUCGUCCUACUA